CACAAAGACGCUAAGACCGAGAGAAGCAGCAAACAUCGCCCUUUGCUUGCAAAGACUGCAGCAGAAGCAGCAGCAAAGACAGCAGCAGCAGCAGCAGCAAAGGCAGCAGCAGCAGCAGCAGCAGCAGCAGCAGCAAGAGCAGCAGCAGCAGCAACAGCAAACAGAGCAGCACCAACGUCCGCCAACUGCAUGGAUUGAGGAGUACUUCAAUCGGCUCAGCGGAGUAGCAAAAGACAAACAUUGGAUGGAGGCAGAACUGCGCGAUGCUGCAAACGCUGCAUUUGCUGCUGCUGCUGUUGCUGCUUCCGCUGCUGCUCCCGCUGCAGCAGCUGCUGCAGCAGCUUUGCCUGCAACAGCUGAUGCAACAGCUUCUACUGCUGCACCUGCACAUCCUGCUGCUGCUGCUGCUGCUGCUGCUGCGCCGAUUUCGUGUCCUUUGCUGCAGCUUGCGGUGUCUCUCUUUUACAGAGCCCGCACUGAAGGACGAUCCAUCUCCCCUCAAGACAUAGCCGUCCUCUUACGUGCAUUAUCACUAUCAGCAGAAAAAGCAGCAGCAACAGCAGCAACAGCAGCAACUUCAGCAGCAACAGAACCAGCAGCAAUAGAAGCAGCAGCAGCAGCAGCAGCAACGGAGUCAGCGGCAACAGCAGCAACAGGGUCAAUUUUGAGUGCAGCAGCAGACUUGGCGGCGCAUGCAGAAAGCAGCAAACAUUUAUUCACAAGGAAGCAGCAGCACUUCGUUGCUGAAGCCCUUCUACAGCUUGGCAUCGACGUGCAGGGCCUACGCGACUGGACAGAUAAAUGUAGAGACAACAGCAGCAGCAACAGCAGCUGCAGCAGUUACAGCAGCAGCAGCAGCAGCAGCGAAUUGGUGGCAGCAGAUGGACAUGACCGUGAGGUGUAUGUACACCUGGAAGAAACUGCUGAUGAAGCUGCACAAAGCAGCAACAUAAAUAAAACAAAAAUAUUUUAA